AUGGCUGCACCUUUCACUCUGCUGGUUUUGUGCUCGGUGUUCAGGCUGAGCUGCAGUGUGAGUACACCUGAAUGGUUCAACAAUAUUUCUACCAGUCUCUUUAGUUCGUCUGGAGACAUCAUGCUUGGAGGACUCUUUCCCAUCAACCGGCUCUCCAGCAACCUGAGUCAGAGGACUGAGCCUAAAAACAUCAGCUGUGAAAGUUUAAAUGAGCGUGGGCUGGGUCUCGCUCUAGUAAUGAAAUAUGCAGUGGAUGAAAUCAACGCAAACCAAAUUCUGCUCCCUGGCAUCAAGUUGGGUUACAAAAUCUAUGACACAUGCAGACAAUCUGCCGUCAUCGUGAAGCCUACCCUCUCUUUCCUCACUGCAAAAUCCAACAAAGCGCUCUCUGUGGAGUGUAAUUACACAGACUAUGAGCCCAGCAUAUCAGCUGUGAUUGGUCCUUAUAGCUCGGAAAUGGUGUCAGUCAUUGGAAAACUGCUGGGAUUCUUUCUUAUGCCACAGGUUAGCUAUGGUGCCACCAGCGACAAAUUCAGUAACAAGCUUCUCUACCCAUCAUUCUUCCGUACGGUGCCCAGUGACAAAUGGCAGGUGAAUGUCAUGGCACAUCUGCUGAAGGAGUUUAAGUGGAACUGGGUGGCAGUGGUUGGCAGUGAAGAAGAGUACGGACAAAGAGGUGUGCAGGAAUUCUCUAAAAUAGCAGAAAAUAUGUCAGUUUGCGUGGCCUAUCAGGGGCUGAUUCCAGUCUACACUGACCCUAAAAUUGCGAUCGAGACCAUCAUUCAAAAUAUCAUAGCAACCAAAGUCGGAGUCGUGGUGGUGUUUUCUCUUCCAGAGCCAGCUGAAGCCUUUUUUAAAGAGGUCAUCAGGAAUAAUGUAACGGCUGUGUGGAUUGCCAGCACGAGUUGGGCCCUCAAUAAUCUACUGACCUCUCUGCACAAUAUCCAAUCAGUCGGCACAAUCAUUGGAUUUAUUGACAAGGUACAAAAUCUGGAUCAGCUCGUUCCCUUCAUUUUGGAGCUUUUCACCAAACUGAGGGAGGAGAGGGGGAACACGCCCCCGCCAGCAUCAGAGUCCAUCAUUGACCCUGACAAUCCUUGCCCACAAUGUUGGAACCUGUCACCUGAUAAUAUGAGCUUGGUGACAGAUGAAGCAGUCAAGCGCACAGCUUUCAGUGUGUAUGCUGCCGUCUACAGUGUGGCACAGGCACUACACACCCUGCUGGGGUGCAAUGAAACUGCCUGUAUACUGGGAUCUGAAACAAAAGUCUAUCCCUGGGAGCUGUUUAAGGUUUUAAAGAAUACUUCUAUAACCAUACAUGGCACACAAAUAGAGUUUGACAGUCAUGGCAACCCAAACAUAGGAUACGAUAUAAUUGAGUGGGACUGGAUUGACUCACAUAAUUUAGAAUUCACUCCUGUCGGGACCUUUAACGGUACACUGUCCAUCAAUACAACCCUCUUCAAAUGGCACACACCAGGCCCAGAGCCUCCUAAGUCCACCUGUUCAGCAGCAUGUGGGAACGGCCAGGUCCGCAGAGUCAAAGGCUUUCAUUCCUGCUGUUUUGAUUGUAUCGACUGUUUGCCAGGAACUUACCAGAAAAAUGACGAGGAUAUCCAGUGCACUAAGUGCCCUGAUCGUCAAUGGUCUGAAAUCAGCAGUACAAACUGCACUUCACCCACCUUUGACUCUCUGACCUGGGACACGCCUGAAGCUCUGCAACUGACGCUGGCCGUAGUGGUGCUCCUGGUAUGUCAGGUAUCAGUGGGUGUUGUGUUCCUGAAACACCGGGGGACCCUAUUGGUAGCAGCUUCAGGGGGACCCUUGAGUUUUGUGGCUCUGCUAAGCCUGAUGGGAGCUUGCCUCAGUCUGCUGCUCUUCCUGGGAACGCCAGGGGAUGUGUCCUGUCGCCUUCAGCUGCCGCUCACUUCCAUUUUCCAAACAGUGGCCCUCUCUGUUAUCACAUCCAUCUCACUACAGAUACUGUACGUGACAGAGUUCCCAAAGACGGCUGCCUCUCAUCUGCAAACACUAAGAGGUCCUGGGAGCUGGCUGUUCCUGCUGGGCUGCUGUGCUUUGGAGGCUGGUCUCUGUGGCUGGUUUGUUCAAGAAGGGCCCUCACUGUCUGAAGACGUGGCAAAUAUGAAAAUCGACUUUGUGAGAGCCUUUUUGGCAUGUCCUGUGUCACCCUUGACUGGCUUUGCUGUAAUGCAAGGUUUCAAUGGCGCAUUGGCCCUUGUAUCAUUCAUGUGCACCUUUAUGGCAGCAAAGCCUCUUCAUCAGUACAACCUUGCCAGGGACAUCACCUUUUCCACACUGAUCUACUGUGUGAUUUGGGUGACCUUUAUCCCGAUCUACAUAGGCUUAACUACUAAGAACAGGUCUAUUGUCCAUGUGUCUUUCACCCUGACAAGCAACUUUGGACUGGUAGCAGCCUACUACUUCCCCAAAUGCCACUUACUGUUGAGAAAACCUGAGCUCAAUAAAGCAGAGCACUUCUGUACCUUCCUCGAGGGCGUCCCACCAACAGCAGCGCAGGAGGAACCACAGCCACAGACAGAUUCAGCAAAGUAAACUA